AAAUGAGUUAUUAAUACAAAAAGAAAACGAAGAAAAGUCUUUAAUUCGUAAAAUUCAAACUUUUAUGACAGAAUCGCUCGGAUUCUCUCCCCCUAUGUUUCACGGUCGAGGAAUCUUUCAGUAUAACAUAGGAAUUCUUCCCUUUCGAAAGCCCAUCACAACAGUUGUGGGAAAACCAAUUGAUGUAAAACAAGUGGACAAUCCGUCGGAUGAAGAGAUCAAUGAAUUGCAUAAUAAAUACAUUAAAAGCUUAAAAGAAUUGUUUGAAGAGAAUAACGAAAAGUAUGGAAACAUAGAUUUAAAGCUUAUAAUCAAAUGAGAUAUGAAAACGAAAACAAGAUUCCUAUUAAAGGACAAUGAAUUGAUCGUCAAAACUAACCUCAUUUGACCCAUUAGUGCAC